UUUGACUUCGAAUAAAAUAUCCCUCUAAUAAAAAAUAUGAGACCGCUUUUUUGCAAUAGUCUAUCUUAAAUAUUAUAAGAACUAUGUUUUACGGUAGUUCAAUGCAGAAUAAAAAUGAAAAUAGUUACAAACUGAGAAGCAGUUAGUGUAAUUUGGAGUUAUAGGAUCUGGACGAGUGAUGUAAAUAAUAAUGGCGUCUGUGUUGGGACGAGGCGUAUCUCUUGUGAUGAGAAGAUUUUGCUAAGAGCGACUUCCUGGGCGUCGCAUGAGGAGUUACUGGGUGCUGCUGGGCGGUGCUGGGUGUGAGGAGCAGCCCUGGAGUGUGAACAAUGAGGUGUUGGCUCCUGCUGGUGGUGAUAAUGGCAACACUCCGUCAGGUUGAACCUUCCCUAGACCUGUACGUCGACUCUCAAGACGUCAAGCAGCUCCUAGGUGUGAGUUCUCAGCUGUGGUACGUACAUAAUGGAACAGUCAACAAGUAUGCCUUGGGUUAUGUUGUGGUGGUUCCCCCCCAGGUCAACUCUCUCACCUUCUGCUGGCAAGCUCUCCAUGGAAAAACGAUGCCAUACAGUUUGGAUGUUCAUAUUGGCAACCAUGAGGCCUUGUCAAAACCUGUGUACAACAUUAGCGACAGAGGCCUGGUACCCACACGUCCUGCUGCCUGGACUCUUAGACUUGCCUGUACGGGCAAGCUCACCACGCAGGUAGAUGUGACAAUAACACUGCAGGUGCCCAUGAACACCUCACUGGCAGACAUCACAACACUAGCCAUCCUUCGCAAGAAGAUCUGCCUCAGAGACAGUGAAGUGGAGGCAGAUGGAGUGUCAGUGGAAAUGGUGGAGGCUCGUCACUCCACGACUGUGGUAUACAUAACUCUGGCAUGUUUAGCGCUAUUCCUGGUAGUUGUGGUCGUCCUCGCUAUUGUUAAUCACAUCAACAGUAACAAAACUACUGGCAGAAGACGUACGGGCAGUAGUCAGAGGUCGACCAGUGGUAAUCAGAGCAGUGUGGCAGUUCGCCAGGAUGUGCCAAACAAUCAACGAGGCAACAUUGACAUUGGUGGCAUUGGGAAAACCUCUCAUUCAUCACUCAGUGAGAUGCGACGGUCGCCACAGCCCACCAACACAACCACCGCCACAACCACAACAACCACUGGCAGUCCCGAACCUCAGUACACUGACCCAAGACAAAGUGAUAUCUCAGCUAAACUGACUGGUCUGAGUGUGUCCCGUGACUGUGUACAGUUGUUGGAAGUAGAUCAAGAGGGGACCUUUGGUCGUGUCUACCACGCUCUCUACCACUCUACUGACCAACCUCAUCCAGUCACAGUUACUGUUAAGACUGUCACAGACGCGUCGAGCGAGGUUCAGCGGUCAGUCGUGGUGAGCGAGGGUUUGAUGCUGGCCGGGUUGAGUCAUGAGCACCUCCUGGCCGUACUCGGGGCCGUAGUCGCUCCACCAGAGUCUCCUCCUUGUAUAAUAUUUCCAGCAUCAUCGCAAGGCAAUCUUAAGAGGUUCCUGCAAGGUUGCCACACGUUGGUGACUCGUGAGGUUGUGAGUGUGGGAGUGCAGGUGCUGCAGGCUCUGGCCUUCCUUCACUCCAGACUCUUACUUCACAAGGACGUUGCUACACGCAACUGUGUAGUUGAUGAAGGUUUACAAGUGAGGCUGACAGACUGCGCUUUGGCACGAGACUUGUAUCCUGCCGACUACCACUGCCUCGGAGAUAAUGAAAACAGACCCAUAAAAUGGCUGGCUCUGGAGAGCCUUGCACACAAGGUCUUCACUCCAGCAUCUGAUGUUUGGUCAUGGGGAGUGCUGCUCUGGGAAGUGAUGACUCUGGGCCAGCAGCCAUAUGCAGAAAUAGACCCUUUUGAGAUGUCAGCCGUCCUGCGACAAGGAGUGCGGCUCGCUCAGCCUAUCAACUGCCCCGAUGAACUGUUCAAAGCAAUGACAUUUUGCUGGACAACUGCUCCAAGAGAACGACCCACAGUUGAAGAGCUGAUCAUCUACCUCACAAACUUCCAGCAGCAUCUUGAUAGAUAUGUGUGACAUUAUGUGACCUCGGGACAAUGUGUGUGAUCUUGGCCUGUCUACUUGGGACUGUGUCCCUCAGGCUCAUCACAGUCCACUGCUGGAGAGACUUAACUCCAGGAUUAACAGUGGCAGCUUCAAUCUUUCUCAGAGUUUAGUAGAGGAGGACAUUGCCUUUCAUGUGGCUGAGGGAAUAUUUGUCAUACCUUUAAAAACCUUUACUAAAUGACUGAGAAAAUUGCCUACAGUAUAUUCUUUAAGUGUUUUAUUGUGGGAACAAAACUAAUACAGCACACUUAGUUGCUGUUUAAUAUACCAAACAAAACUCACAGUUUUUGUGAUAUUUAUCACAAGUGAAAUAUUUUUAGAAUGAGGAAAACACUAAGUGGAUCUGGGAUAGUAUCACUGAGCAGACCAAGUGACAGCUGGCUUAGUAAUACUAACAGAUCACAUGACAGCUGGAGGCAAGCACUGUACUUAGAAAAUCACACUAAAAGUGGUAGUGAGAUGAAUUUUAUGUCAGACAUGAAAUAAUCGAGUUAAUAUAGCUGCACGAUGUAUUGGUAAUGAUAUGACAGGAAACAGAUACAGGUGAUAAUGAGGAGAACAUAAACUGGUACACUAGGUGUUUAUAAUGAUGCUGCCCUCUUGCCCUCCACAAAUGAUUUCUUAUGGAACUACAAGCAGAUUGCAACAUGUUGUUUUGGUACCUGGACCCAGUGGUAAUAAAUGAAUCAUUAUGACCAUUUGCAUUGGAUUUUUUUUUACUGUAUGACUUAGUGUAGUUAAUUGUAAUAAUUGCCUUGACAGAGUUGUCCUGAGAACUGUUGCUCAGAUUGAUGCAUUUUCAGACAGUGUAGUUGUUUUCAGACAAUGUAGUUGUGUUUUCAGGCAGUAUAGUUGUGUUUUCAGAAGAGAUGGGAAUUUGUGUGACAUUCCUAACUGAAGACAGUGACCAGUUUUUAUAAUGAUAGUCUUAAUUUUUUGGAGACUGAGUACUUGUAAAUAAUUGAAUGAACAGAAAUUUAGGUAAUAUUGAUUAAUUACUUUUAUAAUAAGAAAUAUGAGUAUAUAAGGGCUGCCAGAGAACAUGAAAGACAGUCAACAUCUUAGGUGGGAGUUGUAAGUACACAAGGGAAUAAAAAGUUUCUUGGAGAUGUGUAAAUGAGGUGUGUUUGAGGCAUCCUAAGAGAAAGAGAGCAGAGUAGUUUGGAGCCUCUUUUCUUGAGGGCCCUAACACAGGAAACUCCCAGUUUGGAGCCUCUUCUGUUGAGAGGCCCCAGCACAAAGAACUUUUGCAGUCUGGAACCUCUUCUUGAGGAGCCCCAACACAGGUAACUCCCAUGGUCUGGAGCCCUGUCUGUUGAGGGCCCCAACACAGAGCUGCCAUAGUCUGGAGCCUCUUUUGAAGGCUCCAACAUAUGAAACUCCUGUAGGGAUAAAUAUUUGUGGCUGUGUACAGAUACUUUGAUUUUGUAUACAAUACUAAUAGAGUAAUUUGACUAGACUGUACUUCAUUAUAUUAAAAACAUGAAUGUAGUUGCAGCUGGUGCAGUUCAGGCCAGAGAGCAAGAGAUAUCAGAUUUUUAAAUUGCCUGCCAUGUGGCCUGCCUCGCACUUCAACUCACAUUUCUUGUGUCAUUAUCACAUCCAGAAGGCACCUCAAGCACAUAAAAAAUAUAGAUCUAACCGAUCCUCAGUAAUUUAUAAUUUCAUAGGAAUAUUAUUAUUACACUUACUAAAAGCAAUACAGUAAUUCUUAAAUUUAAAAAAUAUCCUGACUUAAAAGGUUGUUGUGGGACUAACUGGCAGAUGCAUCUGCUUAUUGUGGACCAUUAUUUACCCUGGUAAACUUUCCUGUCAUAUACCAACCAUCAGUUACCCCUGGUAAACUGUACCCUGUCACAUACUGAUGAUGCAUAACUUACCCUGAUGAACUUCUCGUUACACUGACCACACACAAAUUACAAACAUUAACACACUCAACCCUAAAUAUUUCUAGCCUCUAAAUUUUGAUAAUUAAUUUUAAGUAACCAUUAUUGUGUUUCAUAUUUGACCUUUAGAUAUCUUAAGAGACAAGAGCAGACCAUCUGCCAGUCUUGUCACUUCUCACAGCUGUAUGACCCUAGUGAGUUUAAUAAUAAUUGUCAGGUCUCACACAAGUUCCAGUGUGAAAUACUCAACCGGCUCUUUUCCUUAGAGAACACAUCAAUCCUCUCAGUGGUCCCGUCGUAAAAAUUGUAUUGACCGACUGUCAGGAAGAAAUAUUUUUUAAACAUUCUUUUGCUACACAUGAGCCAUGAACUUCAUACAAAAUAUAUUGUCCUUUCUACAUGCAUUGUGUGUCCUUUUUCAGGUCUUAAAUUGUAUUUUGACAUAUGGUUUUAUGUAGGGAUUCAAGUAAAACACAUUUUUAUUGUUAAGUAACCAUAAUGUUUCUAUUUGUAUAAAGUUUAUAUUCUAUUGACAUACCUGGGAGAGCACUUGCUAAAAUAGUUCUUAUGUCUUUAACUUGAUUGAGUACAGUGCUUUUUUGUUAAUAUUCUUAUGUAUAUGGCUUCCCAGAUGGUGUGAGAUGCUCUUGCAACUGCCCAGAUGGUGCAAGAUGUUCUUGUAUCUACCCAGAUGGUGUGAGAUGUUCUUGUAUCUACCCAGAUGGUGUGAGAUGUUCUUGUAGCAGUCCAGAUAGUGUGAAAUGUUCUUGUAUCUACCCAGAUGGUGGAAGAUGUUAUAAUAUCAAACACCUCUGCUUGUACACAUGUACCCAGUGUGUUGAGGUAACACUUGUGGUGCCACUAUGGUGGAGUGCACCACACACACUCAUUGGUGAAGUGCACCACUCUCUCUCACUGGUGAAGUGCACACACACACUCACUGGUGAACUGCACCACACACUGGUGAAGUGCACCACACACUGGUGAAGUGCACCACACACUCAUAGGUGAAGUGCACCACACACACUCACUGGUGAAUUGCACACACAUACUCACUGGUGAACUGCACCCCCCCUCCCACACACACACACACACACCUACCUACCUAUGUUCCUGGGAAGCUCUGCCUCAUGUGAAAAGUAAAUGGAGAUUAAUGUUUAUAGUUUGCUGUCAGGUUUGCAGCAGUGUUCCCGGACAGUGUUGUGCGAGGUCAUUUAUUAGACUUGGCUAGUAUCUUCACAGCUGAACUGCCUGCAAUUAUCAGUAUUUCGUCCAGGUCUACCUCAUCGUUUGUGGUAGUCUCGGACUCCUCUAGUGCUUUACAAACUAUCAAAAAUUAAAUUCCCCUCAUCCCCUAGUUCUUCAUAUACAACUUUGGUUGAGCUGCAUUUCUAGCAAAGAUGAAGUUGUUUUCUGCCGGGUACCUGGUCAUGUUGAUGUUCAGGGCAACGAGCAGGUCAGUACACAACCUUCCAGUUACAUAUAGAGGUAUUCCAUUCUCAAAUUAUUUUGUUGUAAUCUCAAGCUACCUUUACAACCAUUGGCCCACCUUUGACACAGACUCCCUCUUUGACUUUUUUGACAGCAACAGAUUUAUUACACAACCUUUGAUUAUACUUCCUUUAGUACUCUUUGCCAACCUUACAACCCCUACCUUGCAGUGCUGUAUGACCCUGGUGGUUUAGUGCUUAUAAUAAUAAUUAUACUUUACUGGACCAAGUCACAAAAUUUAGUCAUUAGAUUACAGUAAAGCUUUUACUAACAUUUUUUUGAUGCUUUCUUAUAUAGUAUAUUCUGAUACUUAAGUUGGGACCUUUUAUUCAUACUAAGACUUCAAGGACUGGGACUCCUGUCGCACAUACAAAGAAUGGGAUUUGUGUCAUUCAUGUACUGCAUACUGGUACCCAUGUCACUCAUAUACUGUAUACUGGGACUCCUGUCUCUCAUACAAAGUAGUACAUCAAAAGUCAUAAUUAUUGUUGUGUUUUAUUCUGUAGCUUAUUUCUUUAGAAUAUGUUUGUAGUACAAUAUUUUGUGUUAUGAUAUAUUACUGCUAUAUUUUGUAAUGAUGAUGUGAAAGUUAAGUGCAUAGUUGCAUGGUUUUGUACCAUGUAGUGUAGUCACAAAAUUACUGGAACAGAUAUUUGCCACCUCUGUGUGUGUGUGUGUGUGUGUGUGUGUGUGUGUGUGUGUGUGUGUGUGUGUGUGUGUGUGUGUGUGUGUGUGUGUAUGUAUAGCAUGUCAGUUGUCAUUUGAGAGUACAUAAGAUUGAUAUCAUAUUUUUUAUUGGCACUUGUAUAUCUAUGACAUAAACAUUAAGACAAUAGGCAAAAUGUUUGCAUUGGGUAGCAAUAGAUCUUUAUACAGUAUUUUUUUGUGAGUAUGUAGUUGAUAUUUUGUAAGUUUUCAAUGUGUUUGUGGCAGUUAUUGAUACUUAUUAAUAUUUGUCUUUGUUUUAAUUAGGUAGAACAUAAAAGGAAAAUCAGGUAAUCUUGCCUGUGGUGUUUGAUAAUGCUUGAAGCUACCACCAUCCCUCCAGUGAGAAGACUUAAUUGCUUUACAAGUCUUGCCUGCAUAAGUUCAUUCAGUCUCAUUAAUAUGAGAUUGUACUAUAAGUGACCAAGUGUCACCUUAAUAUGGAGUCUUGAUAUGAUAGGGACCAGGUGUGUGACAGCUGUCAAAUGAGGUCACCUUACAAAGGGCCUUGGAGGUGACUUGCCCUGUGUCAACCCACAGGAUCAAAAGGAGCUUGCCUAGUCUGCAGCCUUGACAUGAAGGUGACCAAUUCUGUUAACUUCUAGCUGAAGGUUAGUUCAGUCUCCAGCCUUGACAUGAGUGAUAUUGUGUGUAUGAAUUUCAUAUAUAUUAUGCCACUCCAAGCCUGCCAGGUGUAGGUUCACACAGUUUACUUGCAAGUAGUAUUGUCCAGCUUUGGUGCUGCUCUGUUUCUUUUGUAAAUAUAUGUAUACAUAACAAUAUUACAUUUAAUAUUACUGUACUGUAUUUUCACUAAUAUUUUUAUACUUUAAAAUUUUGUUAACUGUACUUUCUACAUUAUUUCUCAGAUCUAUAUAUAAAUUGUAUCUUUCAUUGGCUAUACCUGAAGUUCCCUGGAUGGCUAUUGUUUUUAUUUCUAAACUAACACACAACACCUCUGACUAUAUCCACAUGCAUUCUUUAGAGUUUAUGCUACAGUCUUCUCUAGUGAGCUUUACACACCUCAGUGUUUUAGUUCAUGAUAUUUGUCCCACACCUGCAGGAGAGCUAACUCACGUGAGAGUCAAAGAACUGGACCUCAGAAAUACAGUAAUUUCUCUCUCAGCGCGCGACUUACGUUCCUGAAAAUCAGCACCUUAUAAAAAUUAAAAUUGUCUUAUUAUUGCAUUAGGUAAAAAUUAUUGUAAUACAACUUGCUCACAUUUUGUUAGUGGUUACUCGAAAGAAUUUGAGUGGGGGGCAAAGAGAUUAAAUGGGCGUUCUGGGUUUAGAUGGAAGUAGAUAGGUUGAUCAGCUAAUACACACUACACUGUAAAAAUAUAAGCAAUUUCUUGACUAAAUUAUACCAAACAAAUAAUAACUCUACACCUAUGCCAAACAAAUAUAUAUUAAGGAGGUAUGUAUUUGAAAAAGUGACAACUAAGAAAAAUAUAAUGCUGUAAUAUUUUGUGGGAGGCUGUGUCUGGGAGAUGUAGAGAGCUACCAACUCUGGCUUUGGCUUCCAGCUAUCUUGUGGGAUCACAGAUUCAUAUAUCUAAUUCUUCAACACAUCUUAAUUGUCUGCAUAACUUUUAUUUUUUUUUAUGAUUUAUGCAUGAGAGUCUGAAAGUGUUGUGUUUAAUGGAGGAGUAAGUAAGCAGUCAAAUAGACCACACACUUGACCGGACUAAAGCCAGAGUCAACAGGGAGUUAACAUGCCUUCUCCUCCCCCUCCUCUCAAAAUAUUAAGCAACUGGCAGGAGACUCGCCCAUGCAUCAUUUGAUUAGACAACUAAAUUGACACUAAAAACUUUGCCUUACCUAGAGAAGUACGAUGAUUCUUGUCUGGAAUAUGCCAACGUACUGGGGGUAGUGAGGUGGUAUCAUGCCUGUCACCUCAGUGAACACAUUCUCCACUACAUAGCCACAAUUUUAGUACUAUAACUGUGAUAGUUAAAUCACCGUGAAAGACUAAUUAUGAUAAUGUAUGAUACAGUACCUAACUUUUGUGGACUUCAUGUUUUUGCAUUCAAAAAUUAUAUAACUUUUGGAGAACAUUUAGUUAAAAAUAUUGUGUAGUGGACAUGGCUUACUCAGUAAGAGCAGUGGAAGGCUGAGGCUGAGGGAUGAAGGACACCAUACCACUUGCUCAUCCAGCACAUAAGAAAAAAUCUGCAGAGGGCACUACACACAUUUUGCACAUUACUUAAUAUUUUAGAUUUAUUGUAAGUAAUAUCACAGUUUUUUUUAGUGUGUUACAAAAUUCUAGAUGUACCUUUUCAAUUUUUUUUGGAUUUACAUAAAAUUACACUCCAUUGUUGCAUCAUACAAUAUUUACUUGUGUGUCAUGGUGGUCAGGAAUGGGAAUGACCUCCAAUGAGGAAGUGGUGGAAGCAUACUUCAUACAUAGUUUUAUGAAUAAGGACAACAGAGCCUCUGUGGCAGGAAAAUUUUGAAACUAGUAAGCAGAUAAAGGUGAGGCAAAGAGGUGAAACUUGAAGCUUUCAUCAGCACAUUAAAGAAUUUUUAAAACUUGUAUGUAUAAUAUAUUCAUAUUUUUUUUUUUAUUUAUUAUCACACCGGCCGAUUCCCACCAAGGCAGGGUGGCCCGAAAAAGAAAAACUUUCACCAUCAUUCACUCCAUCACUGUCUUGCCAGAAGGGUGCUUUACACUACAGUUUUUAAACUGCAACAUUAACACCCCUCCUUCAUAUUCAUAUUUACAAAUGUAUAUUUACAAGAUAAUACUGGCACCCUUCCCCUGCCUGUGGACUCUACUGUACAUAUAUGCAAAAUGAACUACCCUGUGCUCCACUUCUGUCCUCCCCACACAAAUGUUUUAUCAAAAUUGUAAUAUACAACAGUGGUAUAGUGUCUGAUUUUGAAAAACGUGGACGAGUUAAAAAAAGCUUAAUGAGGAGUAACAAAAUGGCUCCCAAAGUUAAAAAAAAAAAUAUGAGUUAUGGAGAAAGGCAAAAGGCAUUAGACAUGCUCUGACUGGCUGGUAGCAGAGAAAAGAGGAUUUUAUUUAUUAUUUGCUAUUGAGCUAUAAGAUUAUACAAUUAAAGAUACCCUGUAGUAAUACAAAUAUUUGGCAGAGACCAGCAUGAUGGGAUGAAUGAAUUGUGGAAUUAUACUAUGUGACUGAAGAAACCCAGGAGUAUAGUGAUAUUCAGAGACAAGAGAUAACAUUUACAAUUAUUAUAAAAGUUGAAGAUCAGCCGAUUUAACACAAGUGCAGAAAGUAUCGGCAGAACACAGCACUCUUGACCAUGCUGAUCAGGAGCAACUGAAUGCUUUGAAUAGGCAAGUGGUGAAUUAAGAGUUAGUUCAGUGAUUUAUUGUGUGUUGACAUUUGUUCUAAAGUGUUGCACUUGUGUUUUUGAGUAUGGUGAUUCUUAAACAUUUCCUCAGCAUAGAUGCUGCCAUUUUUUGUUCCUGCUCUACUUUUCCUGUUUCUUGUACAGUACAGUAUAGACAAGUUUUUAACAGAUUAAACACCAAAUUUGCUUCCUGGUGCUCAUUCAAAUUCUUUACUUGCCUGCUUCCAUAUAAUGUACACUCCUUCCUUAUAAGUGAAAUAUGUAAGGCUCAUCCUAACUGUAAUCACUCUCCCAAGACUUUGUGUUCAUGCUCUUUCCUUUACCAUAUCUCAUCUUUGUGUUGAAGUGAAAACCAAGCUCUAGGAGGCCAAUCAGUGCUUAGUCACUUAGGAAGUCAUUAUCUGACAGUGGGCAGUGGAGAACAUGACGCUGCCUAGGUAUGGAAAGAAUGAAGAACUCAAAAGGAACACUAGAUACAAAACUCAAGAGGGUCACCAAAUAGAAUAAAAGGAACAUGUAAAAGACAUGGGAAUAAUUAUGUCAGCUGACCUUUCUUUUAAAGACCAUAACAAGACAAAGAUCAUGACAGCCAGGAAGAUGACGAGGUGGGUAUUGAGAACUUUCAAAACAAGGGUUUUAAUGCCAAUGGUGACACUCUUCAAAUUGCUAGUGCUCCCUCAUUUAGAAUAUUGCUCAGUGCUGAAGGCCCUGUUCAAAGCAGGAGAAAUAUCAGAGCUGGAACAAAUACAGAAAUCGUUUAUGGCUCACAUUGAGCCAGUAAAGUACCUAAAUUACUGGGAAUGCCUUCAAGUCUUGAACAUGUACUUAUUGGAGUGGAUAAUACAUACUUGAUAAUAUAUACCUGGAAAGUACUCGAGGGCCUGGUCCCAAAUCUGCACACUGCCAUGACAACAUACUGGAGUGAGAGAUAUGGGAGGAAGUGUAAAAUAAACCCAGUGAGGAGCAGGGGUGCGGUGGGGACAAUAAGGAAACACUGUAUCAACAUCCGGGGUCCCAGACUAUUCAACAUCUUACCAGAAGAUAUCAGAAACACAGCUGGAACAAGUGUAGAAGCCUUCAAGAGGAAACUGGACAAGUAUCUUUACCAGGUGCCAGAUCAACCAGGAUGUGAUGGAUAUGUGGGGCAGCGGGCCUCAACCAGCAACAGCCUGGUUGACCAGGCAAGCACCAGACGAGCUUGGCCCAUGGGUGGGCUCUGAGGGUAGUGAAACUCUCGAAACUCUUCAAAGGUAUAGGUUUUGCAUUUUCCAUAUUAUUAUUAUUUUUCACUGUAGUAUACUUAUUUUGUGUACACCUCUGUAGAAACAAAUAACAUUAAUAUCGCACACCGUCCUUUCUGGUUUCUAUGUGGAGACAAGUGGCAAUUGUCUAGUUUUUCACCACCAAACCAGUAUGUAAAAUUCUUUUGACAAGGUUUAAGGUGCUCUCUCUCUGUCAGCAGUAUCUGAAAUAUGACAGAUAAUACAAUUAUUAUUCCAGAUUAUGCUACACCCUCAAAGAAGACUUCUUGUCAGGGGCACUUCAUCAAGAUGCAUGUUGUAGUAUGUUCAUGUAUGUGUUUGGCUGUUAAUUCCAUUUUAUAUAUGCUCUGUAUCCAACAUACUAUUACAUACUAUCAAAAUCAUAGCCUCUUCAAGUCAUUAGUUGUACUUGGCACCUCCACACAAUCUUCCAGGUUUUCUGGCCUCUCUCAUUCUUUUCACCACAUAAACUAUAUCCAAACACUCACAACUUCAUUGCAAAAUUUUAAGUGAUCUUGCCCUUAUUUUUAUUUCAUUUUCAACUAGUGAUUGUGCAUGACUCAGUCUUACUCAUUUACAGAUUACAUAUGUCUAUUUCUUAGUGAAUAAUGACUUUCUUUGAAAAUGGUGUAAUAAAUAAGACAGGCAGUACAAAGUCUCCAGAUGUUUGGAAAGUUAGAAAUACACUGAGGUUGGUUACUUAUACAGAUUUGGAUUACUUUUAAGAAAUUUGUAUAUUAUUUUUAUGUAGCAAGUGCUGUAUUAUUUAGUAAAAUGAUGAUAAAGGCUUCAUACAUACAUGUAGUGCAUAAUAUAAUUUAUUUUUGUAUAUCAUAAAAGAUGUAGAAAACUUUCAAAUGUUUCUUUGUCAUUUUGAGUAGAAAACUAAAAAUGAUUUUCAAAUAUUAUGAAAGAAUAUUUUAUUGUAUUUUGGUCACAUGGAAUAAUCCAGUAAAGAAUUUCUAAAGAGUAAAAAAAUAAGUCCCUAUAACUUGGGAUUCUGGUAUUAUAUUCAUAAAGAGGAUGGGGAAAGGGGGCACUAAACCUGUAGGGGUCAUAUACAACCUUGGGGAAUGAGAAGCAUUCAGGUUCCAUAAAGAAGGGAAGCAUAGGUCCAAUGCCUUGCAACAACAGUCCCUCACUGGCAUCAAGGAACCCCCCUACCAAGGUGGGGUUUGCUGAUUUUGGAAAAUAUUGAUGUGCACCUCAUUAUCAUCAUUACAGGGGUCACUGAGCACAGCAGGUGCACCUCAAGAUCUGCUUCCCCUUUCUUCACCUUUUUUUUUUUUUUUUUUUUUUUGCCCUAAAAUUGACUUUGCACCCAAACUUUACUAAAAUAUAUGUAGCAUAAAAUAAUUUAACAAAUCCAUAAGAAUGUGCCCCUCAAGGGAAGGUGUUAUGAUGCUAGUGGAGGAUUCUUGGUUUAAAGCCUUAAAUCUGACUGCAGGUGCUGUGUGACCCUUAUGAGUUUAGCACUCCCCACAUGAAUAAUAAUACAAUAAAAAUAAUAAUCGCAUCUGAUUACUUCCCACUACCCAAGUGUUAUAUAACCACUGCAAGGUAAGCAGUCCUUCCUCCUCGUAAUAACAGUUCAAGAAAGUCGAGCAGUGUGACAUGUGUACAUUGGCAGGUACAACAGUAUUAACAGUAUCUUAUGCAAGUCACCUGGAUGGCACCAGCACCAGCUUCACUAAAGUGUUUAAGAACUAUAAAGACACACGUGUGUGUCACAUUACAUCUUUUAAAGGGGGGGGAUGUCUCAGUACUGAAGAAAUGCCCUUGCUACUAUUAUUAUUACACUCAUGGAGGAAAACACUAAACCCGCAGUAAUCACACACUGCCUGGAAGAAUAAGAGGCAAUCAGUCUGAUCCAAGGAAAGGGAGGUCAGGUCCAAUUCCUUGAAUCAAUAGACCCUCUGCAUCAAGGAACCUCCCUUGAAAGGUGCCCUUCCUUUCAGAAAAUUGAGUCCCCCCCCCCCCUCCACUUUCUCAGAUCAACUGGCUUGCAUCCUUUCUCAAGUGUUGAUAACCUUACCAGCUUAUGUCUUCUCUAUGAACACAAUAAUAUCACAUUACAUUCAACAUGGGUCAGGUAUUAUUAUUAUAAUCAAAAAGAAGCGCUAAGCCACAAGGGCUAUACAGCAAAGCAAGGAAGGUUCCUUAAUGUUGGUGAGGGGCUCUUGAUUUAGGGAAUUAGAUCUGUGCUCCAGUUCCCCGAAUUAAGCCUGAAUGCCUUCCACAUCCCCUCCCCCAGGCGCUGUAUAAUCCUCCGGGUUUAGCGCUUCCCCCUUGAUUAUAAUAAUAAUAUACAGCAUGGGUCAGGUAGAUCACUCACCAACACAAGACUUCAAAAUAAAAAUACAUACAUAUAUAUAGAAACUUUCGUUUUUCUUUGUGGGUCACCCUGCCUUGGUGGGAUACGGCCGGUUUGUUGAAAGAAAGAAAGAACAUAUACAGUGGUCCCUCGCUUUUCGUAGUUCUCAGGAAUCAUAGAUUUCGGAAAUCAUAAGGAUAUUUUCGUAUAAACAUGGGCUCGCUAAUCAUAGGUUGACUCGCGAAUAGUAGUUCAUCCAGGACGCGUACGCACGGUGUGAGCCGGGGCGGCCUCCCUACCCAGCCAGCCUGGCAUUAUUUACCAGUGAGCGAAGGUCCCCUCACGUGCUCCUACGAAAUAUUUCAUAAUAUUCCACUCAUUUUAGUGCUUGCAAGUACUAAAUAAGCUACCAUGGCUCCAAAGAAAGCUCCUAGUGCCAAGUCUGUGGUAAAGAAGGUGAGAAAUACGAUUGAAUUUAUGAAAAACAUCAUUGAACAACAUGGAAGUUGCACAAGUGCGGCCGAACUGGCCAGGAUGUAUAAGAAACCCUACACAACCAUAUGUUCCAUAGUGGCCAAGAAAAAGGAAAUCAAAGAUGCUGUUGCUGUUCCUGCUGCAAGAGCUUCAGCAGGAACAGCAACAGAUCGCAGCUCAGAAUCUUGCUGCAGAGGAGGAGGAAGAGAGAUGGAAGAAGGUGCCUUCUUCAGAAAUUAAAGAGAUUUUUGUUAUGUGGGGUAAGAUGGAAAG